AUGUUACGUGCGAGAGCCUUAAGAUUUAGUACUAGAUCAAGACCUUGUGGGUUGAGAAUACCAAACAUUAUAUCACCACUUUGGAAGCAUUCUAACAUUGACAAUUCAAGAUACAUAUCUACAACAAUUAAUGAUGUUGCCGAUUUUUCAUUGACUCCAACUCUUGGAAAGAUAGUUGAUAGUAACGGAGUUCAUGGUGAGCCAGUAAAAUUAUCGGGCCAUAUUAGAACUUGUAGAACAAUGAAGAAAAUGAGUUUUGUUGAUAUUUCAGACGGUGCAUCCAGUGCAGUAUUGAAUGUAAUAUUUCCAGGUGAAGAUUCAAUUGCUAAUUAUAAUCUUAAAGUUGGACAAUCGGUUGAAAUAUACGGAGAAUGGAGGGAUCUGCCUGUGAAACAAAGAUUGGAAAUUCAUUGUGAUCCAUCUCAAGCCAACCAUUCAGUUUCUAUCAUUGGACAAGUGCCAGACAGAUAUCCAAUUCAAAAGAAGGCCACUUCUUUAGAAUUCUUAAGGACAUUACCAACCUUGAGACAUCGUACUAGAACUCUUGGCCAAAUUCUCAGAGCUAGGUCAUUCAUUGAAGGAAGUCUUAUGGAUUAUUUCAGAAGAGAAGAUUUUAUAAAAGUUAGUCCUCCAAUAAUAUCAGGAUCUGAUUGUGAAGGAGCUGGUGAAUUAUUCUAUGUUGGAUCAACUGGGAAGAAGAAUUUUUUCAAAAAAUCUACAUAUUUAACGGUAUCGACACAAUUGCAUCUUGAAGUACUCUCUGCUGCAUUAAAUAGAGUAUGGACUAUGACACCAUGUUUUAGAGCUGAAAAUUCUGACACUACCCGUCAUUUGAGUGAAUUCUGGAUGUUGGAAGCUGAAGUAGCAUAUGUUGAUGAUGUUAGACAAUUAACCACAUUAUGUGAUAAUAUGCUUAAAAGUAUUGUUCAAGAUAUGAAAUCACACAAGACAUUUAGUAGCGAAAUGGAAUCAUCUUUCCCUAAUGAAGAUACAAUGGCAAAAAUCAAAGAAAGAUGGGCCACAUUUGAAAAUUCUAAUCUGUCAUGGCCAACCAUUACGUAUUCAAUGGCCUUGGAAAUAAUUAAUGAUGUUCAAAGAGCCGAUAAUUCAAAAAAAUUAGAAUGGGGUGCCACUUUAAAUACUGAACAUGAAAAAUGGUUAGCUGGAGAAUAUUUUAAAACUCCAGUAUUUGUUACUGAUUAUCCAUCAUUCCAAAAACCAUUCUAUAUGAGGAAAUCUAACCCCGAGAUAUAUGAUCCGGAAAAGCCUACAGUUGCAUGUUUUGAUUUACUUAUCCCUGAAGUUGGUGAAUUAAUUGGAGGAUCAUUAAGAAUACAUGAUUAUGAUGAAUUAAUGGAACAAAUAGAAGAGAGAAAGAUGGAUAAAAAGGCAUUAGAAUGGUACAUUUCACUCCGUAGAAACGGAACUGUGCCACAUGGAGGAUUUGGACUUGGAUUCGAAAGAUUAGUAAUGUAUUUGAGUGGUACAGAGAAUAUUAGAGAUACAAUCCCAUUCCCAAGAACUCCAGGACAUUGUCAAUGUUAG